AAGCAAAAUGAAGUGGGCAACGGUGGCCGUGGUCGCGCUCUUGGCGAUGGCAUCUCCUUCUGUGGACGGCAUGAAGUGCAAGAAGCUAGUGCACACUUGCCUCAACGGUGUGACAAAGGUGUAUCCGAACCCGGACAACAAUUGCAAGUUUGAUCUCUGUCCGGAAGACAUGGAGGACGACGACGUGGUGGCCCAAGUUGAAGGCACCGUUGCACCGACCACAGCCGUCACCGCCGUGCUCGACAAAUCGCAAGCGAAGCAUAUUGCUCAGGACGAAUGGAUCGCACUGGACGACGCCGCGGUCCCGACGUCGCUGCGAGACGCGGCCAAGCUCGCGUUCGACUUGUACACGGAACCAAGCGUGUGCGACGAGUUGAAGAUCGAGUACUCGUCCGUGGAACUCAAAAACGCUUCCGACUUCAUUGGGACCAAGAACAAGGACUCCAAGUACAACAAGGUCGCGACGCAGUCGUACCAUGUCGUGGCCACCGUGACAUGCACGUUGGAUAGCAAGGACCAAGUGCCUGGUAACUUUGUGCUCAACAUGGAGCACCACGGAAACAAGGACUCGGUCAAGUACUUUCAGCUUGUCGAGUGUGGCCACGAAGAGCAGUGGGGCCAAAUGGUCAACUGGCUGACCAUUCGCAACGGCCGCGCGUACUGCCAGACGCGGGAAGGAAAAGCCAAGUUUGACGCGCAGCCGCUGCACUUUAUCAACGCGGAGGCGUCUCAGUCGGAUCCCAACUCGAUUCUGAGCGUGAUCAAGAAGGACAACAAGUACAUUGCGAUCACGGGUGCGCUCGUGGGACUGCUGGGCGUGGUGCUGAUUGCGCUCGUGUUGGCGGUGGUGACUGGCCGACGCACCAGUCGCACGGCGAGAAAGUGGGCGAAGCAGCGUACCCCCGCGAAGCCCAAAGUCAGGUCUGUCCUCGAAGACGAUGCCACGACCAUUGAGAACGAAGUCCACUCGACGCGAGGGCUCAUCGACGGCGUGUCGACCAAGAGCUCCAUGGACGAAAUUAAGAUCUAAGUAAAUAUGAUGUCAAAUACAGUAAUUGUGACGAAAGUCUGCUUAUGAUCGAUAGACUUUUG